AAGAAGGGAGAACGGAAGACGGUCCUCCUGGACAUCUUUUUAAGCCAACCAACCUAAUCCUUAACUGUCCUCCAGACACACAAACUCCUCCCCUCCCUGCCACCUCUGUCCGAACUCUCUCUUCUCUCCCUGACCCUGCCAGCCUCCGUCGGUUUCUCUCUCGGUUCCCUUUCAUCGAUCCAUUCCCUCCUGAUUCCUAAACAAACUGCUGCUGCGCGCCCGGCUGCAGGAGCGAGCCACCGAUCCAGGACCGUCUCGGUUGUUUUGGCCUUGGUUGACUUGGAUUGAUCGGCCAUGUUCGUCAGGAAGCUUGUCGAGAAGGCCUCCAAGAAGCACGGCAGCGUUACCGGCGGGCUGCGCGCCGAGGACGUGAGCCCGCGGCUCGCCUUCCACUACGGCGUCCCCGCCGACGCCGCCCUCCUCGCCUACGACCCCAUCCUCCACGUCCUCGCCGUCGCCACCAGGAAUGGGCAGAUCAAGCUGUUCGGCCGGGACAACACGCAGGCGCUGCUCCAAUCCCCCUCCCCUGUCCCCUCCAAGUUCUUGCAGUUUGCCGAUGGCCAGGGGGUUCUCCUGAAUGUGAACACGCAGAAUCAGAUCGAGGUUUGGGACAUCGACACAAAGAAAUUGUGUUUUCUGCAUCCUCUAGAGAAGCAAAUAACCGCAUUUGCCGUGCUACAGAAGAGCUUCUACAUAUAUGUAGGAGAUAGUGUCGGAAAUGUAUCCCUGUUGAAGCUUGACUUGGAUCAGAGAUGCCUAUCUGACAUGCCAUAUUGCAUUCCUUUUGCUGAAUCUUAUGGUUCCACGGCAAAUGUGCGUAAUGAGGUAGAAGUUUCAUUUCUUUCGCCACAACCUUUGGCUGAAUAUAACAGGCUGCUCAUUAUCUUCAAAGAUGGGGUUAUUACUUUGUGGGAUAUUAAGACAAGCAAAGGGAUAUUUGUAUCUGGUAGAACUAUGCAACAACAAUCACACCAGGAGGAGAAAAAUGUAACAUCAUCAUGUUGGGCUUGUACCAAGGGAAGUAAAAUUGCUAUUGGUUAUGACAGCGGUGAUAUCUAUCUUUGGGCUAUUCCUGACAUUUUAAGUGCACAAAAUUCCUCAUCUUCGAGUAAUCAGAAUCUACCUCUUCAGAGGCUUAACCUUGGAUACAAGCUAGACAAGGUGCCAAUAGUCUCUUUGAGAUGGGUCGCUAGUAACGAAAAGUCUGGACGUUUGUAUAUUAAUGGGUUCAGCCCAGAAGCAUACCUAUAUCAGGUACUGAUUCUGAAUGAAGAGAGUGAAUCCCGAAUUGUAAAGAUGGUAUUACCCUUCACAGAAGCUUGUCAAGGAAUGGAGCUUGUUACAGGGCUUAGCGACCCAAAUAAGCACAGACAAACUGUUCUUGUUCUCCUGUUGAAAUCUGGACAAAUCUAUUUAUAUGAUGAUUCAGAAAUCGAGCGCUACCUCCUUCAUUCUCAGUCUAGAUCACCACCAACACUUCCAUAUCAUUCAUCUGUAAAACAACCGUAUAGUGAUUCAGGCAUUAACAUUGCAAAGUUUUAUACAACCGGCCCCACAGGACUAGCUUCUUUGGAGGAGGAUUAUUUUUCAUCAUCCGUUUCCAAAUAUCCAUGGUUGCUUUCAAUGAAGGAUAAAGGUCAGAUUUCCGCAAGUUCUACCAACAUCCAUAAGACCAGAAACCUCUAUAUAACCGGACAUAUUGAUGGAACCAUAAGCUUUUGGGAUGCAUCAUGUCCUCUUUUGCUGCAGAUUUUUACGAUAAAGCCACAGAACGAAGACAAUGCAGCAAGUGGCACCCGUAUUACAUCAUUGCAGUUCGAUAUGCCCUCCAGUAUUCUUAUAUCUGGGGAUCAGAGUGGAACAGUCCGCAUAAUCACAUUCAAAAAGGACUCCGGUGACAAUAUAUUAUCCUUUUUACACGCAAAACAAGGGGAUAACAAUAAUGUCAGAAGUAUAAAGCUCAAAGGAGCUGUGACCUCAACCUCUAUGAUCUCUAACUCGAAGCAUUUUGCUGUUGGAACAGAAAAAGGAAUUAUAUCAGUUAUCAAAAUAGAAGAUGCUACUAUAUUGUAUCAAAAACAGCUUGAGUGUCGGGUAUCUGGUGGAAUUGCCUCUCUGCAAUUUGAACUCUAUAGCCAUAAUGGCUACGAUAAGGAUCUUUUGAUUGUGGGGAUGGAAGAUUCUUCUAUUUCUGUUUUGGAAGAAGAAACUGGAAAACUUUUGAACGCUAACCCUGUUCAGACAAACAGACCCUCAAGAGCCCUUCUGUUGCAGACAUUGGAGUUAUCUCCAAAUGAUGCAUCAGUAUCUGAUAACCAAAAUGCAGCAUUGAAGGAAUGGUUGUUGUUGCUUUGCACUGAAAAUGCAAUCCGCUUAUUUUCCUUGAGCCAUGCGAUUCAGGGAAUGAAAAAGAUAACCAAUAAGAAGAAAUUAAAUGGUAGUUGUUGUUUUGCAUCUCUUAUCCAUAGUCCUUCUAACAUUGGACUUGUACUAGUCUUCUCCAAUGGAAAAGUUGAAAUAAGAUCCCUCCCAGAUUUAUCAUUGCUAAAGGAAUCCUCUUUGCGAGGUUUUGUGUAUUCAAAAAACUUGAAUUCCUCUAGUUCCAUGACAUGUUCAUCUGAUGGAGAAAUGAUCUUGGUUAAUGGAGAGGAGACCUACUUUUUCUCUACUCUUUGUCAGGAUGAUAUCUACAGGCAUGUAGACAAUAUUAAUACGGUGUACAGAAAAGACCACUUGCCAAGGGAAGAACCUUCCUAUGUAGUGAAGUCUCCCAAAGAAAAGAAAAAGGGAAUAUUUGGAAUGAUUAUGAAAGACACUAAAGGAAAUAAAGCUAAAGAGAGUGAUGCCAUUAGCAAUGAACAGUUCACCAUGACAACUUGUGAAGAACUGGCUUCAGUAUUCUCAUCGGCUAACUUUACUCCACCAUCUGAGAGAAGAAACAGUUCACUGAAAGAUGAUGAAAAUAUUGAGCUAGACAUAGAUGAUAUCGACAUCGAAGACAACACACAGAAGCAGAAAGGACCACACUUCCCAGGACUAAGCAAACAGAAACUCAGCAAGGGGUUCCAAACUCUUAGAGGAAAAUUGAAGCCCAGAACAGAAGAAAAGGUGAAUUCAGGGAAUACGAAACCUGAAGAUGAACCAUCGAUUAGACAAGUCGACCAGAUAAAGAUGAAGUAUGGAUAUGCAACAACUGAUGACUCAACCAGUGUUCCAAAAAUGAUAGGGAACAAGCUGCAGGAGAACAUCAAAAAGUUGGAGGGCAUUAAUCUUAGGUCUGCAGAUAUGGCUCAUGGUGCUCAAUCCUUCUCGGCAAUGGCAAAGGAGUUGCUGCGGAACACAAAGAACGAGAAAGGCUCGUCAUGACGUCAUAGCAAUGCCUAUAUUCAUUUCACCCGCUCAUGUUGUAAAGUCCUCUUCAUCUAUGUGGAUUUGACCAAGCUCAACUACAUGAAAAUAUUGUAGUGUUGCCUUGCAACGAUUUUGUUGUAAAUAACAAAUAUAGGAUCAUAGUGGGAACCAUACGUCAUUUGCCAGAUCUUGUGUAAACUUUCUUGCUUUGCAUCUGGCGAGGUUGAAAGCUCCCCCUGCUGCUUUCCUAAUCCCAA